AUGUUUAUCAGCAUUUUCCGAUACUGUUUAAAUGAUCCAUCAUCUUCAGUUUCAUCAGACUGUAGACACUACUUGUAUCUUUCUGACAAAAUCCUUCACCCUUCAGUGCCUGCACUGAGAGUAUAUGAAAAAAGCAGUGGAGCCAGUAUGUUCAAGACAAAGUCUACUGGCUUUUUAGGUGAAAAUUCUUCUGUUGAGUUUGUUGAUAUUCAAAACAGCGUCAUCCCAAACCUUACAAGUUAUGCAAGUAGUAGAACAGAACUUACAGAUACUUCACUCAGUCGUGAAAUUGAUAAUUUGGAAACAGCAAGAGAUAUUUGCGACACAUCUUCUGAAAAGGUAUUCUCGUUAGUUAGUAGCAAUAUUCCUGUUUUGGAAAGUUAUACAAAAUCUAACUCUGACACUGAAACAAAAAAGGAAAGUGUGGCUGAAAUUGAAUCAGAUGUUUGCAUGGAGACUGAGGAUGAAUUUCCUGCUUCUGCUCCUCAGCAAGAUCUGUCAUUUGAAAAGGCUAAGGUUGUUGUUGAGAGUUUUAGAGAUGAAAUCAAAGAAAGAAUUUCUGAUGGUCACCCUGAAAAUGAUGGGUUUGAGGCAAAACGCCCAAAACUAGAUAAAGGAUUGAUCGAUGACAAAACAGAAAAUAAUCCUGAAAUGCAAUUUGAAAAUUCUAUUCUGAUUAACAAGGUUGGUAUAGAUGGAAAGAAAAAUGCAGAGUUAUCUGAGAAUGUGACACCAGCAGAGGAAACAACAAGUAAUGGUGAUGAUGAGACAACUGUAUUAUUGAAAUCUUUUGUGAACUCAUACCCUGACAGUGAAUAACAAAAUAUUUACUCUGUAUUUUCUUUAUUUACUGUCAUUUUCUUUAUUGCAUCUGGUUAUUCUGCAUUAUAUUGUAACAAUA